AUGGCCAGGAGACAAAUGUCGGAAGCUAGAAGUCGAAAUUUUGGCUUAUUCAGCAGGGAGCCAGGAAAUUCUCAAUUUUCUGGUACGUCCACUGAGUACUCCGGAAAAGAAACGACUGAGAAAGAGGAAGGAAGAAAAACUGGAACGUUUGCUAACCGAGAUUCUACAGCGUCUUCUCCUCCCCCACUUGGACCGUCAUCGAAAAAGACAAAAGCUGACAGAAGUAGAAGCUUCGACGCCGUUCCAGCCAAUACGAUGACAGCGGAAGAGAAUAAUAUAAUUUUUAAUUAA